CUCCUCAAGCGUGCUCAUGGCCUACUUAAUGUCUGCGUUUCUCGCUUCUUUAGAUUUCUAGGACUUCUGAACACCAACGCCACGAUGGCAACACUUUUCAGUACUUUCCCUGCCCAGCAGACGCAGGGUUCCCCCCACUUUGUACCUUGUAAUGGGUCUCCAAAGCAGACCCCUCGAACCCUCCCAACGAAGAAGAAAGCCCUUUCUGACGACGACGAUAUAAGGGGGAAUGGAGAGGAACCUGCACACGCGGCGCAUGGUGUUAAAGUCGUCGACUUGACUUGCUUAGCCGAGACCGAAGCCGACUACUAGAUUAGCGGCAUCGGGAUAGAAAGCAACGAUGUUAGUAGUGCCGAUCCCAUGGAGGAACAGGCGUCUUAAUGCCAAAUUAUCAAGGAGACAC